AUGGGUUCGAGCAGUCAGGAAGCCAAGAUUGCACGCCGUCGGGCCAAAAACCGACAAGCACAACGCCGUCACCGAGAGGCUACGAAAGCGAAGCUCGCAGAGCUCGAGCGUCUCAGGCCACAGGUAGAUUCGAGGAAUACAUUCUUGCCUUCGAGUCCCUAUCAAGCGGCCUGUAACCUGGACGCCUCCGCACCCAAGACGAAAACCUCACCACCGCGACAGUUCUGCGGGAGAUGUGGUAAUGACCACGGGGGCCCGACGUACGAGCAAAGUUUCGACCUACCAAGCUUGUAUUGUCACCAGGCGAACUUUCAUAAUGCAGCUGCCUCCCUCCGUGGUCUGAACGAAACCCCCUCCGAACCACCACCAACCUGUCUGAACUUCCAGGAGUUCGAUUCUGCUCUUCCAACACACGAUGAGAGUUUGGCCUUGGACUCACACCAAUGGUACUCCCUUGGCGAAUCUCUUCCACCAAACACCAGUUUUGAUUAUAUUGGUACAACAGCAUCCUCAAUUCACGGACUGUCACGGCGUCAUCGAGCAAAGUCUACAACACAAAAUCCACCCCAUUCUAGAUCAAAGUCCUCCUCUAAUCAAUCCGCUCUGCAUCUGGCUGCAGCGUCGGGGAACACAGAAUGCGUCAGGGCAUUACUGACCCACAAUGCUGAUAUGAACGCAACCGAUGCGUUGGGUAGAACGCCACUCCAUGCAUGUGUAGCAGCAGGUAACACGACCGACCAUGUUUCCGUGGUUCAGUUGCUGAUUCAAAAUGGGGCGAACCCGACACUGAAGGAUCAAACUGGGAUGGGCCCGUUACACAUUGCUGCGGAGAGAGGGAAUGAUCUUGUGCUUGAGGCCUUGAUUCAGAUUGGAGUGGAUGUAAACGCGUUAUAA